CAUUCGGAUAAUUGCCUUGAUUGCACGCGCUAGUGCCAACUGACAAUAUUACUGCGCAACUCAUAGACCGUUGUUCGUACUCCAAACUGCCGAAGUUUGCGCGGCUCCCAUACGACAACAAUAAUACAAUACAAACGACGGCGGCUUUAUCUUUAAGAGGAUUGGCUGUUCAGUCUCAGUACUCACACAGUCACACAUCUUACCCGCCAACUUUUCCAGCUCUUCACCUGCAGACUGCAGUAGGCAGUUGUUGUACCGCCAGUACCAAUCUAUCACUAUUCGCUAGUCGUGCGUGUUCUAAGUGUUUGCAAUUAUUGUUUUUUUUUGUUCUCAAACCGCCGUCAACGGUCCACCUGCGGAUACCGCCAUCACCUUCACUACCACACGUGCAGCUCAGUUGUUUUAGCAAUGGCCGAUCAAAACCCAAAUGAAAUUCAAAAUCCAGAAUUUUGCAAACCCAAGGACCCCAAAGAUGUUGAAAAAGCUCAAGAAGAGUGCAUGAAGAAGCAAUAUCAAAUGAAAUCAAAUUGGCCUCCAGUCAGUGGCCAUUCUGCCCUCCUCCAAAAACGUUUAGCUAAAGGGCAAAAAUUUUUUGACUCCGGUGAUUAUCAAAUGGCCAAACAGGCAGGCAAUGGUAAUAAAUUGAUUAAUAAUCGUCCUGUGCAACAAGUGUUGGGCUUUGGUACUGGAGAUACCAUACCAACACCAGAAACAGUUCCAGCACGUAAGACCUCUAUUAUUCAGCCUAAAUUCAACUCAAGUUCAACUCCAUCAUCCACCACGUGAUAUGUAUGUCUAACGGAUUAUUAAUUAAUUUAAUUUUUUUUUUUUAUUCAGUAAUUUAGUCCAAUCAAAUGUAAAUGUUAUUCAUAUUAAUUUUGUUAAUGUUAUGACUUAUGGCCUAUGGAGUAUACAAAAAAUGGCCAUUUGAUAAAAACUAUUUUUUUUUUUUUUUAUUAUAUUUUUAUCAUAAAUAAGUAAUUGAAUUUUACAAAAAAAAUUAUGUAUUAUUACAUUAUUUCAAAUCUAUUUUAACGCUCAUAUUAAAGCAUUUUUUCCUACAAAAUAACUGAUUUUUAAUAUACAUAUAUUUUUUUUUUUAAUUAUUAGUUAAUAGUGUUAAUACAAUGAUAAAUUGUAUUAAAUGUGUGAACACAUUUGCUCUUGAGUAUUGCUUAAAUCUACUUCCAGACUCCUCCAGAGCAAGUCAGUAAAAUUACAGCAUGCUAAUAUCUUUAAAACAAAAAAAAAUCUUAAAUAGAUGUAUGUUUGUUAUUAUUUCUGAGUUUUGAAUACUUAUGAUAUAUUAAGUU